AUGUAGUCCUGGUUUGGAGGCCUGGGCUCAGGCUUGGGCAACUUCUUGGGUCAGGUGGGGAGCAACUUGCCUUCCCUCACCGACCGUAUAUCCAGUUUCACCAGGGAAAUGCUUCUGGAUGGCAUAGGAGACAUAGAAGCAGGUUUACCUGAUUGUCGGAGAAAGGAAAUGGAAGCUACUGAUGCUCCACUAAGAUCGGAGAAUGAAAGACUUCAAAAGUAUUGUACUGAUCUGGAGGAAAAACAUGAAGCAUCAGAGCUGCAAAUAAAGCAUCAGUGUCCAAGUUACAGAAAUCAACUGCAACAGAAGGAGGUAGAGAUCAGCCAUCUGAAAGCAAGACAGAUGGCACUGCAAGAUCAAGUGUUCAACCUCCAGGCAGCUGCUCAAUGGGUAGGUUCAGGAGCUUGUGGUGUACCAACAACCACUGCACUGGCUCCAUUUGGUUCCCGGAUCAGUAGUGAUUUUUCAGCCUUUCCUGAUGAUGACAUGGACUUUAAUGACCUAAUUUCAUCCCACCAAGAAAUAACCAGAUUGUCAAUUGAAGUUUCAAGACUUGAAUCUGAAGUUGGCCAUUCGAGGCAUAUUGCUGAGGCUCAGGGAACACGGAAUUCUGACCCCAGUGAAAUCUGCAAACUGCAGAAUACUAUCAAGACUCUUGAACGAAACCCAAGUCCAGACAUAGAUGAUCAUCAGCAUGAAGUGUCAGUUUUGGAGCAGAGUGCUACUGUGGUAGAAAAGGGAACAAACCUUCCACAAAAUUCUUCAUCAGUGGAAGAAGUGUUGAGGCUACAACGAGCCCUGUCUGAUGCUGAAAAUGAAAUAAUGAGACUAAAUGGUUUAAACCAGGAUCAGAGUCUUGCUGAAGACAAUCUGAAACUUAAAAUGCAUGUGGAAGCUUUAGAGAAAGAGAAGUCAUCCUUGAGUCAAGAAAAGGAGGAACUUCAGAUAACACUGUCAAAAUUGAGCUGUGACUCUCAAGUAGUUAAAAACACAGCUUCAGCAGACAUGAAUGUGAAUGUUCAAUUACAUGACUUAAAACUUCACUUGAAGGCAAAGGAGGAAGAACUGAAUCAGAGUAUCCAUGAAAAGAAAAUGCUGAUAGCUGAGUUAGAAGAACUGGACCAUCAGAAUCAGGAAGCUACAAAGCACAUGGUUUUGAUAAAAGAUGAGCUAUCAAAACAAGAAAACGAAGGAGACCUUGUCAUCCAGAAAUUGAAACAAGAUCUAGAUGAUGAAAAAAAGAGAGUUCAUCAACUUGAGGAUGAUAAAAUGAACCUAUCCAAAGAGUUGCAUGUGCAAAAGGAGAAGUUAACUCAGAGUGCACAGGGCCUCAGUGAUUUGCAUUUAACCAAGCAGAAGCUUGAAGAUAAAGUAGAAGAUUUAGUAGAUCAGCUAAAUAAGUCACAACAAAGUAGCUUAAACAUCCAGCAGGAAAACCUUGAGCUUAAGGAACACAUUAGACAAACUGAAGGUGAGCUGUCUGGAUGUCAGAGUAAGUUCCGAAGUUCUCUGAAUGAAGACUCUAACAGUAAUGUGAAGGAUGACUUGCUUAAAGAACGGGAAGCUGAAGUUAGCAACUUAAGGCAAAAUCUUUCAGAAGUAGAAGAGCUCAAUGAAAAUUUAAAGAAAGUUGCUGUUGAUCUCAAAAGGGAGAAUGAAAUAUUGAUUUUAGCAUGUAAAGAUGUAAGACGUAAGUUGGAAGCAUCUAUUGCUGCUAACAAUCAAGUGUCUCAAGAAAAAGACACUGUCAAGGAGACUCUAAUAAGAGACAAAGAAGAGAUAGAAACCAAACUGAACCAGGCAGAAAAAAGACUGUUGGAAGAAGCAAAGAAUCACAGGCAGACUAUUCAGGAACUCUCCAAUGCAUGUCAUUUGAAUACCUCUGCCUUACAGCUGAAACCUGAUUGUGUAGUUCAACUCAGUCAAGAGAAGGACUUUGAAAUAGCAGGACUCAAAAAGAAUAUUGAGCCAAUGACUACUGAUCCAAAAGAAACUGAGGAAAUUUUGGCACCUCAUGUCGAAGAAAAGAAGCAAUUGAUACAACUUAUAAAGGAGAAAGAAGUUUUUAUUGAAAAACUGGAAGAAAAAUGUUCAGAACUACAAAAGGAUUUAGAUGAGUGUUCUCAGGCCUUAAGAGAAAAUGAAACUUUAAGGCAAACCAUAGAAGAAAAGGACAGAAGUCUUGGCUCCAUGACAGCAGAAAACAACCAUCUGCAAGAAGAAUUGGAGAGCCUUAAGGAACAGCAGAAUCGAGCUGUCCCUGUAGCUGAGCCUAAAACCCUUGAUGGUAUCCCAGAACUAGAAUCAGAGGUAUCUCAACUGAAAAUAGUCAAAAAUCAUCUGGAAGAUGAAAUUAAACACCAUCAAAAGAUAAUUACAAAUCAAAACAAGCAUAAAAUGCGACUCCUUCAGUCUUUACAGGAGCAGAAGAAGGAAAUGGAUGACCUUAAAUACCAAUAUGAGCAGAUGAAUGCUGCGCAUAUCCAGUUAAUUUUAGAAAAAGAUGAGGAAAUUAAGAACUUGCAGAAAACGAUUGAACAAGUACAAGCCCAGUUGCCUGGAGAAAGACUCGAUGCUCAAACAGAGAAUUCUGAUAUUUUUCAAGAAACAAAUGUAAAAAGCCUCAAUAGAGAAAGUGGAAGUGAACAACGUUGCGGCCCCAGCAACAUCUACCAGACUGCGGCACUAUGGAACGAAAAGGAGUUGUUGAAGCAAACAGUAAGAGACCUAAAGGAGAGAAUAUUGAUUUUCGAAGUGGACUUUUCUAAAUUAAAAGGGGAAAAUGAAAAAUUGAGAGUAGCAUCCAAAGAAAAGGAAAGGGAGUAUCAAGCACUACAAGAGACAAACUCGAAGUUCUCUGUGAGGCUGGGAGAAAAAGAACUGGAGUGUGAGUCAAUGAAGGAGAAAGUUCUUGCUUUUGAGCAACUUUUACAAGAAAAAGAAGAGGGAGAAGCUGAGGAAUUAAGUCAGCUUUCAAAUGCAGUUGCAUCAAUGCAGGAGAAGACAGUUAUGUUUCAGCAAGAACGAGACCAAGUCAUCGUAGCACUAAAACAAGAACAGAUGGAAAACAGUACUCUCCAGCACGAGGUUCAACAGUUCCGUGACAAAGAACUACGCUUGAACCAGGAGCUAGAAAGGCUACGCAGCCAUCUCUUGGAAUCAGAAGAGUCUUACACCCAGGACAUUUUGGCUGCAGAAGACCAAGAGAUUAAACUGAGAAAGAAAGUCACGCUUUUGGAGGAAAAGCUAGUUUCAUCUUCUAAGGCAAGUCAUCAAGCCAGCGUGCAGAUAGAGUCACUGCAAGAACAGUUGAGGAUGGUCUCUCAACAGAGGGAUGAGAAUGCACAGCAGCUUUCGCUCUCCCAGGCACGAGUAAGGCAGUAUGCCCUGUCAUCAACUAACCUGCAAAGGGUUCUAGAGCAUUUCCAAGAAGAAGAAAAAGCAAUGUAUUCUGCUGAAUUAGCAAAAGAAAAACAGUCGAUAGCAGAAUGGAAGAACAAGGCAGAAAAACUAGAAGGACAAGUAUCAUCAUUGCAGGAACGUUUGGAUGAAGCAAAUGCUAUGUUGCAUUCUGCUUCCAGACUUACAGAAGAGUUAGAUCGGAAGGAACAACAGAUCCAAGAACUUCAAAGGCAAAACGAGCUCGGAAAAGAAAUGUUGGACAAGGCACAAAAGAAAUUGUCGACUUUGGCAAACAGCCCAGAAGGAAAAGUGGACAAAGUCCUUAUGAGAAACCUUUUUAUUGGUCAUUUCCAUACACCAAAAGGUAAACGCCGAGAAGCCUUACAGUUAAUGGGAAGCAUCCUGGACAUUCCAAAGGAGGAAAUGGAGCAGUUGUUGAGUGAAUAUUCCGGUGGUGUUACUAAGUGGAUGACUAGUUGGCUUGGAGGGGCAUCGAAAAGUGUCCCCAACAUACCUUGGAGACCAAAUCAACAACCUGUGCUUAAUAGUUCUUUUUCAGAACUCUUUGUCAAAUUUCUGGAAAUGGAAUCUCAUCCCUCUGCCCCACCACCCAAACUCUCUGCUCAUGCCAUGGACUGUCCAGACUCACCAGGAAGGAGAGAGCAAGGUGGAAAUGUACCAGGAAGUAUUAAAGAUGCAGCCGAAUUCAGAGCUGGUAGAAGCACCAACGGGAAUCCAUUCUUGGUUCCCCGUUCGGCAGCUGUGCCUGUUAGUAACCUAGCUGGAGUUGGUCUUGGUGGACCUGGGCAUCCUCUUUUUAAACCCAUUGCAGAUUUCAUGCCCACCUUUACACUAUUGCCAGUGUCCCCGGACAGUAGUGCCACAGUAGUACUAGAGCACCUUCUAAAGCAAAGGCAUUCUCAACCAGAGAUGAUUUAG